AUGGGUGCGCCACUGAUGCCGCCGAGAUUUCCCUGUUGGUGCCAGGCCACAUACUCAUGGGGAGGAGAGACCAAGAAAGACCUCGGAUUCAUCGAGGGUGACCUCAUAGAGGCACUCAAUGCCGGUGACGGAUCGUGGUGGAUGGGACGAUUACGAAGAGAUCCUCGAGCUAUCGGGCUCUUUCCAAGCAAUUUUGUGAAAGUAUUAGACGAGAGCUUUCAACCCGGGCAUGCGAGUCGCAAUCCAUCGCCAUUACCGGCACAAUCAAAGGCAUCCCCGAGUCCGGCGAAGACGAAAAGUGUGUUCAGGCGGCCGUUCGAUGCGUACGGAACUAUUGGUGCGAGCGGGAGUCCUGGUACGAGAGACAGCACAUCGGAUAGUGAUCGCGAGAAGAGGAAAGAGAAGAGCAAGUUCCGACCCUACUCAAGCAUGAAGACAACACAAGCGCCAUCUCCGGCGCCUAUGAAGCCACUUCAACAGCAAGAAGGGCCACGUAUACCGGCACCACCUCCUCGAGGCCACUCGAGAAGGCCGUCUCGUGCGCCCUCUGCCUCUCCGACGCCGACGCCAGGUUAUAGCCAGCCACCGGCCAAUUCGAUGUCGCGAGCGGCUUCUCCGCAACCGAGCUAUCGCGCUCCAUCGCCGAUGCCAUCACGCAGUCCAUCACCACUUCCCCAAACCUACCAUGAUGGCUCCGCAUACCCUCAGCUAUUGCCAUCGUCGAGGGGCCCGUCUCCAAACCCAUAUCAGCAACAGGACAAUUACUAUGGGUCGAGAGCACCAUCUCCAGCACCUUCUUUUGGAUAUCAACCAUCCUAUCGUGCGCCAUCGCCCCAGCCGUACGAAGAAGAUCUGGGAUCGUCGCCACCUCCACCUCCUCCACCAGCGCAUCGUGUAGCGUACCAGCAAAGCAGAGCGCCAUCGGCGGUGCAAGAUUAUCAGCACGGCGAGUACGACCGAGGUAUGAGCAGGACCCCCGUACCGCCUUCUCCUAGUGGAGAUGGAGGUAGUCAUAUGACACCUUCGCCACUGAGAGAUGCUAUGAACGAUGUCAUGUCAUCAUUGCACGACAUGAGCAUGUACGGCGAGACCAUCGAUGAAUACCAGGAGCAGCAGUCGCAUCAGCCGUCGAUGGCUAGUAAAGUAUGGUCUCCGGCCGAGUUCGAUCUCGUACGCACACGAUCGCAGCAGCAGCAUGGCCGCGCGCAAUCAUCGCUGGGCUUUGCUCAAUAUAACGAGCAGGAGACAUCAUUGCCGCCUUCGCGAGAGGGGCUACCGGAACUAAGCAACUACGUUCAACGCAUGGAACAUCAACUUCGGCACACACAAUCUACCAUCUCCCACGUUAGCACAGGCCCACCCGCAUUACCGUUGAAAGGCGCACAAUAUGCACCAGGCCGGUCACGUCCAACGACUGCUGGUAGUAGCUCGAGCCAUGGCUCAGGUGACUGCGCCCUGAACUCACUCAGAAGUCAGCCACCAGUCCUGAAGCAUCAACGCUCAGCAUACGAGCUCGGCCGUGAACGCCUGAACCGCACCUACACCACAAAAACCAACGCGACGAACUCCACAGAGUCUUCCUCGGCUACACAAAGCAGCACAAGCACGGCAAUGACUAGUCGGAGUAUCAUGUCUGGAUAUUCAGCUGGCGGCUUCAGCGCCACGAGCGCAGGCAGUCUAGCUCGGAGGAAGUUCGGUCUAGGUAGCCAACGAGGACAACGCCCGAAGUCUUCGUACGAGGUACGACAGGCCGGCGACACAAAUUCCAGCUCUCGUAGCAAUGCCGCAAGCGAGUACACUGGAGGCUCUGGGCCGAGUUUCCAUGAAAGUCAUGCUUCUGGGAAUCAGCCUCUUACAACACCCACUGCAGACUGGACGAAAGAUCCGGUGGAAUCAGCAGGUAUACUCGGUGGCCUGAGUGCUCCGAAAGCAGCGCGAAAGUCGGGCUUCUUCAAGAAGAUGAUUGAGUCUGCGAAGACAUCUGCACGCACCGGCGCAGCAACUGCUCGUACCACACUUGGUAGUGCAAGUGGAAGUAGACCGGGCAGUAGAGCCGGCAGUCCAACAAAGAGUCUUAUGGCAGGCAUGGGUCCGACUGUGGUCGCCCCAGGCAUUGGCUCGAGGCCGGGCUCGGCAUUCGGUGGUGGGAAUGCCGCUAGAGAUAUGGGCCUAGGUGGUGGCGGAGAGUGGAUGCAAGUUCGCCGCGAUAUCAACCGGUCCAACUCACUGAGCCGCCGAGAACGGGAAGAGCGCAUGGAACGAUCAGACUUGCUCGGCUUACCCGCCAUAAAUCCAGUCGACGCCCUCCACGAGAUAAUAGAAGGCGAUGAAGGUUUGGAUGGCUUAUGUAUCAGCGACCCAAGCGACUUCCACACGACAACCCUUGCACUAGUAGACAAGAGCACCCGCUUCAUCCAAAGCAUACCGCCAAUGGUCACUGCAGCUGCGCUGGCGCAGAGCUACAUAUGCCGCCCUCAUCGAUCGGAUGUGCAACGUCUACGCGCGAUCUUUACAUGGGUUUCAGAGCGCAUUACAUGGGAAGAAGACUACCAAGGCGAAGUGGAUACUCGCCGUACUAUCUCCAGCAAGCGCGGCUCGAGCCAAGAGAUCGCUGUCCUGGUCAGGGAGAUGUGUACGGCUGUUGGCCUAUUCGCGGAAGAAAUCCAAGGGUACCUCAAAGCACCGGGCGAGAUCCUGGAUCUGGACACAGUGCAGCAUGCCAAUCACUGGUGGAACGCCGUCAUCGUUGAUAGUGAGUGGCGCGUUAUGGACUGCUCGCUCGCAAAUCCAACCAACCCACGACGAAAUGCGUAUACCAGCGCAAACUCACAAGUGGCAGAGUCAUGGUAUUUCCUUGCUAGACCUAGUCAGAUAUGCUACACGCAUAUCCCGCUUCUGACGGAGCAGCAGCAUAUGGUGCCUCCGGUGAACGUAGAGGUACUGAUCAAUCUGCCGUGCGCAACACCGGCUUAUCAUAAGCACGAACUGGAGCUUGCGGACUUCAAUACUUCUGCUCUGCAUCUGGAGAAUCUGGAUAUGACACAGAUUCAUAUCACCGUCCCAGAGGAUGUCGAAUGCGUUGCUGAGACAGAAGCAAGAGCUUUCGCGCAGGACGCCGAUGGAGAUUGCUUCGAGAGCGGCGACGUGACGAUCAAGAAAGCCUUCGCGCAAGCGGAAUGGUGUGCAGGACGUAAACACUUCACUAUCAAAGCCGUGCUGCCAAGCGACGAAGGCCAAGCGACCCUCAAAAUCUACGCUGGCAAGCGAGGCCUCAUGCACUCAGCAAAAGACAACCCGCAUGCUCUGGCUCUGGCUCUACCGUUAACGCAUACGGGACAGAAUCCUUCAUACGACUUUCACAUCCGCCACCCAACACCCCACGCCCAACGCCACGACCUCUACGUCGUACAACCUCAGUGUGGAAAGUUAACCCUGAAUAACACCUUCGUCUUCUGCAUCCGCCAGCAUCCUUCCAGCCUGUCGAGGUUCACGCCCGAUACUUGGGGUACCAACACCACAGGCCGUCCCGCGUCACCGUCAAACAAUCAACCUUUUGCCCGUCCAGGCAGCGCAAUGAGUAUGGUGUCCGCCUUUUCCGCCUCCGUCUCCCACGCCGGCUCGAACAGCGACUACAGCUCUUCGUCGUCCAACAACAAUGAUCAGCCAGGCGGUAUGACAGCCGCACAGUCUAAGCCAGCUAAACUAGCCAUCCAGACACCCAGCCAGAAGAUCAUCCGAUUGACGAGAAAGAUGGACCACGUCUCUCGACCCGGAGGAGGCGAAGAUGAUGGAUUGACGACGAGUUGGGAAACUGUGAUCAAGAUUGGGGAGAGGGGGACUUGGAGGGGCUUGGUGCUUGCGGAUAGGAGUGCGAGGUGGUGUGUCUUUGCUGAGUGGGAGUGCUCUUGA